GCGGGGGUAGCUUGCGAAGGUGUCAUGGCUGCUGCCGUUGAGCUUAGUCUCUCGAGCAGUGGUGACAGGAGUCUGGAGCGGAGCUGCAGCCCCAGUCUCUCCCAAGAGGUGCUCUGCGAAAUCUUUCGCUCUCUGCAUAGCCUGGUGGGACAAGUGAGUGGUGAUCUGGGAGUAGCGCUUAACCUCAGAGAUGAUGUGGUGAAAAUUACAAUCGAUUGGAACAAGCUCCAGAGCCUCUCGGCAUUCCAGCCCGCUUUGCUCUUUAGUGCACUUGAGCAACAUGUUUUAUAUUUACAGCCUUUUUUAGCAAAGCUGCAGCCUCUGAUUAAAGAGGAGAAUACAACUGUUGUUGGAGAGAUAGAAAAAACAGAAACGGGGAACAAGAAUGAAGUAAAUGCCAAAUUUCCCAUUAGUGACCUACAAGAGGAAGAAAAGCACAAAGAUUGUGAUUUAGGAGAUGUGAAAAAGACACAGAUCCAUUAUGAUCCAGAAGUAGUUCAAAUAAAGGCUGGAAAAGCAGAAAUUGACAGACGAAUAUCUGCAUUUAUUGAAAGAAAGCAAGCCGAAAUCAAUGAAAACAACGUCAGGGAAUUUUGCAAUGUUAUUGAUUGUAAUCAAGAAAACAGUUGUGCAAGAACUGAUGCUGUUUUUACUCCUUACCCGGGAUUUAAAAGUCAUGUAAAAGUUUCUAGAGUUGUGAAUACAUAUGGACCACAGACCAGACCUGAAGGAAUUCAGGGGUCAGGUCAUAAACCUAACAGCUUGCUCCGAGAUUGUGGCAAUCAGGCUGUCGAAGAAAGACUACAAAAUAUUGAGGCUCACUUGCGAUUGCAGACAGGUGGUCCAGUGCCAAGAGACAUUUAUCAGAGAAUUAAAAAACUUGAGGAUAAAAUCCUGGAACUGGAAGGAAUCUCUCCUGAAUAUUUCCAAUCUGUAAGCUUUUCUGGAAAAAGAAGAAAAGUUCAACCACCUCAGCAGAACUAUUCACUGGCUGAACUUGAUGAAAAAAUUAGUGCCCUCAAACAAGCUCUGCUCAGAAAAUCAAGAGAAGCAGAAUCCCUGGCUACUCACCACCUUCCCUGAAAAACUCUUCUCAUUCUUGUCACUUGACUUUUUAUAUACGUGUAACUUACCCUGCAGUUAAUUCAAUGGCUAUGUGGUCAUCAGUGUAGCUUCCCUCGGGAAGCAGUGUUUCUUUUCAUGUGAGUCCAGCGUGCAGCACGUUAUCUUCAGAUAUUCCAGUGGAUUUUGAAAUGGUUAGGCAUUAAAAGCAGCAUUGUCAGUAUGUGUUCCCUUCUGUUUUAAAGGAGGUAUUCUGGAAAUUGAGAAACUUAAAGUGAAAGCACAUCUCUGUGUGUGUGUGUGUGUGUGUGUGUGUACCACAGAAAGCAAGAUUUAUUUUGAAUAAUAUUUAAAAGGACUUUAUAUUUGUAACAUCAGCGUUAACCAGUUAAUUAGUUUAAAUCCAACUUUGUACAUAAGAGGCAUUCACAAAAAUUUAUCAACUGAAUAUUAAAUGAAUGCAUACACUUUUUUAAAAUGUCAGUUUUAAUGUAAAUAAACAGUAGAUCCCACCUUUA